UACUGUACUCACUGCUUAACUGUGUUUCUAGAUCACGCUCAUUUCAGGUAAAUUUACAUGCAGUGUGAAGAUACGAGCAUAAUAAAGAUCGCUAGCAUUAGCAUGCUAACACAACAAUGCAGCGCAAGUUGUUUUGGUUUCAUGCUGGUGCUCAAGGGCGACAUCUGCUGGAUCAACAAAAUCACAUAUAAAGCCUUUAAUGUGAUUAAAAAUACUUUUAUCAGGCAGAGAACAAGCUAUAGAAAGACAUUGAUUCCAGCUUUAUCCAGGGGUAGUGUUAAGCCCCCUUCCUCAUGAGACCACAACACAGUCGUGCAUUCCAGUGUAGUCUCUUAGAUUCAUCGGACACCUGGUCAGAAACAUAGCAAAGCUGUUUCCUCACGGCAUCGACUCUUUUAGCCCAUCAGAAAAAGCUUCGAAAAUGAAAUACUAAUAGAAUGUAAAGCUAAUCUAAAUAUGCUAAUCCCUAAACACUUCAUAAACAUAGACAGCAACAGCCUGCCACCCACUCUCUGUACUCCCUCGCUGUGGAAUGCUUUAGCCACAGGGGGUCCCGCGGUAAUGACGGGCUUGUGGUGGAUUAAUGUGGAGUUAUUUAUUUCCGAUUGAGCGAGUCCCCCCCCCUCCCUCUCCUCCUCUUUAUUUUUUUUUAGCAGUUAAGCCAGGUCCCCAUGACUCCUAGAGAAACUCCGAAUGAGCAGUCUUAGACGUUCUAUUAAUGCGGUCCGCCUUGCUUACAAGCCCAGACCACCGCCGACAGGCCUCACACUGCAUUCUGGGAUAUCUUCAGCCCCUUUACCUGCUCUUAGCUAAUUACUUUUUUAGCCGUGCACUGACACAAUAAUUGGUCUUGUGCUACUGCCUCCCUUCUCUCUGCUGCGCCAAGUGCUAGUUUGAGCACUUUCUCCCCCCCCCCCUCCCUCUCUUGUCUGUGUCGUCCUUAUUCCCCUGUUUUUUAUCGUCCUCCAAAAGCCAUCCAAUUAAUAUGCUAAUGAGCUGAUAAAUAUUUAUAGGAGUUUUAAAUUAUGCAGAAAGCUUUCAGAGCCCGGUGUGAAAUGCGUCGCUCGCAGGACUUCAAAGCCUUGCAUUGCUAACGAGGCAGGGGCGAGAUUUGCAUACGGCUUUAAUCAGCUGAAUACUGAUUACGCUUCAUUAUAGAGUUGCGGGGAGGGAAGCCGAGUUAGAGGAGGCCGCCAGCUGCACUUGUCGUUUGUUUCAUUCCAGCAAGAGAGGGAGAGGUCGGAACUUUUUUCAGAAGUACAGACAAUUUUGGCACGAGAGAGAGAAUGAGAGAGAGAGAGAGAGAGAGAGCGAGCAAAGAAGGCACUGUAAAAGGGAGGGAGAGAGAGCUAUAAGAAAAGAGUGUAGGGAGAAAGAGAAGGAGAGCUGUUUGCCUAAACCCUGUUGGCUUUCCCAGUGUGCGUUUCCCAGUGUUGCUCAGUGAACCGUGCGCCGGACAGUGCCGCUGUGUCUGUGUGUGUCGCUCUGCUUGUAUUGAACUCACUGCUAACCAGUGGAGAGUGAAGAGAGGGAGGAGGAAGAGGAGUGCCGGACACCCUGUCUGAGGGUUUGCCUGGCAGAGGGCAGGUUUCUAAUGAUAGGCUCUGCUGCAGCCAUGCUGGAAAACACAGGUGGAGCAGGAGCGGAUGCUAAAGUGAAUAAUCAGUCAGAAACUACUAAAUGUGCAAUGGAAAGUGGUGACGGGAACACCGGAAUCCAUAUCAAUGGAUUGGACUUUCAGAGGCAGACGGUGCCUACCACAAGUGCAAUCACUAAUGCACACGCACAAGCCCUCCUCCAACAGUUGACCCUGACCCCAGCUCAUCAGCAGCUGUUGCUCCAGCAGGCCCAGGCUCAGCUCCUGGCUGCGGCUGUGCAUUCAGCCAGCCAGCAGAACAGCAACGGGGCCAGCAUCUCGGCCUCGGCAGCCACGCCCAUUACCCAGCUGCCCCUGUCACAGCCCAUCCAGAUCGCCUCGCAGCUCCAGCAGCAGAAUCUCAGUAUGCCUCAGUUUGUUCUGCUGCAGCCAGGCCACCCGAUCGCCACGCCGCUUCAGUCCACCCAGUUCAUCAUCUCACAGACACCCCAGGCCCAACAGAGCAUAUUGCAAGCCCAGAGUCUUCUAGCUCAACUACCUCAAAGCCAAGCUAACCUCCUGCCGACUCAACCAAGCAUCACCCUUGCACCUCAGCCUGCGACUCCAACCCGCACGACAUCAGCCACAUCCAUUCAGUCCCUGCCCCACAGUCAGACACCACCGAAGCGGCUGGACACCCCCACUUUGGAGGAGCCCAGCGAUCUGGAGGAACUGGAACAGUUUGCCAAGACCUUCAAACAGAGGCGCAUCAAACUGGGCUUCACACAGGGAGACGUUGGCCUGGCCAUGGGGAAGCUGUAUGGAAACGACUUUAGCCAAACUACCAUCUCUCGCUUUGAGGCCUUGAAUCUGAGCUUUAAGAACAUGUGCAAACUCAAGCCACUGCUGGAGAAGUGGCUCAACGAUGCAGAGAACCUGACAUCUGACCAGGCUCUGUCCAGCCCCAGUGCGCUGGGCUCCCCAGGCAUGGGCAUAGAGGGGAUCAACCGUAGACGGAAGAAGAGGACCAGUAUCGAGACCAACAUCCGAGUGGCCUUAGAAAAGAGUUUUCUGGAGCAGAACCAAAAACCUACCUCUGAAGAGAUCACAAUGAUCGCCGACCAGCUCAACAUGGAGAAGGAGGUGAUCAGGGUCUGGUUCUGCAACCGCCGGCAGAAAGAGAAGAGGAUCAACCCCCCCAGCAGCGGAGGAUGCAACACCCCCAUCAAAACCAUCUUUACCCCCAGUAGCCCUUUGGUGGCCAGCACAGCAAGUCUUGUUAGCAGUCCAACUAUCAACACACCCACCACUCUGACUGUAAAAACAGUGAUGCCUCUCACCAGCUCCAAUCUGUCUUUCACAGGCGCAACAAUCGGAGGCACAAACACAGCGUCUGUCAUCUCCACAGCACCCAUGGUUACCACAGCAUCUAGCUCCCCGUCUUUAAGCCCGUCGCCAAUGGCUAUCCAGUCCGCACAGACCACAGAGAGCAAGGCCGGCACUCAGGCGCAAACCAUCGUCACCCAGGCCCCGGCAUCUUUAGCCGCCACCUUAGGCGCAGGUCAGGUGAUGGUGACAGCUCAGGGGCUGUCUGCGCUGCAGGGCGCCACCCAGUUACCCACCAGUAGCUUUGCUGCUAUGGCUGCUGCUGCAGGGCUCAACCCGGGACUGAUGCACUCCUCCCAGUUCAACCCAGGGGGGGCCCUGCUCAGUCUGGGUCCUGGUGGCCUUGGCAGUGCGUUGAGUCCUGCCCUCAUGAGCAACAGUGCCCUGGCUACAAUACAAGCGGCUCUGGCAUCGGGCGGCACGAUCCCCAUCACCUCUCUGGACGGAGGAAACCUGCUGUUCGCCAACACCUCCGCUGGUAACACCCCCAACCUGGUGACCACGCCCCUCUUCCUGAACCCCCAGAACCUGUCGCUGCUCACCAGCAACCCCGUCAGCCUGGUGUCGGCCGGGGCGGGGGGACUGCAGGUCACCGCCGACGGUCAUCACCAAGCCACCUCGGCGGCCGUGCCUGUGCAAGCCUCGACCAUUACCACUGCCUCCAAGGCUCAGUGAAGCCGGCAGGGGGGCCGCGUCGUGAACGAACGCCCUGUUCUUUUUACGUCGAGCACUACUCCUUUCACACCGUGUAGGGAGCAGGGGAGGCUCAGCCCUUCACUAACACCACACAUUCUUUCCAGUGUAUCUAUCAUUAUUUAAUCCUUUCUGCUGCCACCAAAAAGAAAACAGCCUCAAAUGAGGUUGGGGUUGACUUUGAUUUUUUUUUGUUUUGUUUCCUUUCUUUUAAUUUCUGAUUCUUGGAUGUUUUUUUGUUUUUGUUUUUCGACAAACAGUAGCCAGAUGGACUCUGUUGUUGUUGGCCUGCCGUUUCCUCACGAACCUUGACAAGUGUCCAGGAAGGAAAAAAUGUCCUCGGCACCAUCGAGCUGUUCACAUUUUGUACAUAUAUAUCCUACUAUUUCCAGGUCAGAGUUAUCUCUGAAACUCUUCUAACCAAAAACUUUAGGAUUUUACUUUUUUAUCAUUCAAACUUAACUGAUUUUACUACUAAUCUCACGAUACUCAUCAUCACUAAUGGGGGUUUGUGUGUCACCCCAUCUUUACUUGUUUUGUUUUUUUUGGAGGGUUUAUUUUUGGACAGGCCUUGACGUAAAUCAUAUCAAAGUUAUAUUGUAGAAACCUCUUUUCUUUUAUCUUCGCUGUCUAUAUUUUUUUGACAUUUUUCAGAACUUUGUAAGUCUAAUAUUAAGUUAAGAGUUAACUAUCAAUUUUUAAUCGUGGUUAUAAGGCUUUAAAAACAAGUAAUAAGUGGCCGAUAUAAAGGUUAUCAUUGCUUUAAGACUGUGAGUUGACAAGAGGUGUCCCUCACGGUCUCUUUCUGGAAACACUGACUUUUACAUUUUGCUGCGGUGGCGAAGUAGCCGACCAGCUUUUGUAAAAACGGCUGUCUGGAUGCGGAUCAUUGACACUGUUAGUAAAUGACUGAAAACAUGACAUUAAGAGCUUUAAAAAGUGCUGCAGACAUGAUGCAGUCAUGUUUCUGAUUGAAGGUGAUUCGUCUUGGAUGGUGGUCCAUUGGAAAACUGUAUAAUAUGUUUGGAGUCAGAGGUAGAAACUAGAAGUCUGCAUGUGUUGUCUACAGCUCCGGCAGAUACUGAGAGUUCAGUAACUGCAUGAUCCACAAGGCUCUGCAGCUGACUGGUCUGUUAAUGGGACGACUGGUCAGCCGUCUUGGCCUUCAUACCAAAUGUGUGGUGGCUUUUGGCUAGGUGGGGUAUCGUAUUGGUGUUUUUGUUUCCUUUUUUAAUAGUUGUACCGUCGUAUCUACUUGUGCACAGUAUCUGUACCAAAAAACUGGAUUUAUGAGCUGCAGUCUGCCUGUUUUGGGAGGAAUGAAAUUCUGUCUUUCUUUUUUUCCGUCUGCAGUCAUCUGACUGGCUUACGUACUUUAAGAUAUACCAAAAAUAUUUGUUAAGAUAAUUGCUGUGUGUAGCUUAGUCUAGUCAACAUAUUUAUGAGUACAGAAACUCUCUUCAUUGUCAACAGAAUAUAAAAAUGCAAUAUUUUGAUGAUAAUUUUCCAAAGAUGACCUUUUUUUAUUAUUAUUAUUUGAGAAUGUGUCUCAUAGCUCAACGUUUGAAUUGGCAACACAACUGACCAAAAAGAGAGGGGGGGUUUGGCAAAUGGGACAUGAAAAAGUAGUUCCUUUUUACUCUUUAAAUUUGGUUUUGGGGCCUCGCCCCUUAAGCUUGAUCCUGGUUUUCCUUUAGCCAUUUAAUGGCUUCUUUUUUUCUUUUUUUUUUACUUUGGUAGCAGUUUGUUUUGGCUUCUCUGAAGCGUAGUGGAAAGCUUCUGUUUUUUGGUUUUGUACUAAGAUUCAGCCAUAAAACAACAGCUUGUACCAAAGUGGUUUUCCUCAGUAGUAGACUCCACACUGCUGAUCAUUUUAUUUCCACUUCUCCCACUUUCCGUCAACUCCUGAUAUUCCUGAUUUGGUGCUGCUGGAUAUUAAGGAUCACAGAAACUUAGCUUUAACAACCUGCUGCUGAUGCUCGUCAUGGAAUCGAGCUGUUGAGAGGCCUGCAUGCUUUCCUAUAGCUUUAUGACUACAUCCUGUGGAAAGCAGGGGGUGUGGUUUUAGACCCUGCUGUGUGGAGGGUUCACAUGUGUAAAUGCAUAGAUGUGAUCAUCAGAUAACAUACAUACUCCACUUCUUCUCUGCACCGCCAUUUUUAAACCAGCAUGUUAAACAAAGAAGAAGAAAAUGCCGCUCCCUAAAUCUGUCUGUGGACUCGUCCUGAAACCUGCCAAAUAAUCUUAGCUAACAGAGUCGGGGGCCGAGUGCUGUUCAUGUGCUUCACGUUCAGCUCGACCCUGCAGACAGCAGCACUGUUCUGCUGCUUGAAGACAACAAUUACUGACACUGUAAGCAGUGAAAUGAGUCCACGUUCUCCUCUUUGUGUUUCUUUUCUGUCGUCGAAUCAUUUUGACUGAAUAUACCUCAGCAGCACUUAAACAUAAGGUUCACCUUUAGACAUUUCUGUGUAUAGAACAGUGUAGAAUGUAUAAGGACUGUCUGGCUCGCCAUUCAAAGUUUAUACUGAAGAACCAUACAUAGGAACCAUACAGAAAAGGACAACCUACUACUGCUAUUUUCUAGUACUACUAUUUAUGGGGUAUUUCCAGGUUAAGAUAUUAUUUUGAAAUCCUUCUUGCCAAAGUAAAAGCCUUUCUCUUUGCAGCUAGGCAGGUGUCUGGCUGCUCAUGUUGCUGGUUCUCCCUGCCUGUGAGGCCGCGAUGGGCCUAUUCCAGUUGCUGUUUGUAGUUCCUUAAGAGUCCAACACGUCGGCACCGUAGGAUGUUACUGAAAUAUUUAUCUGAGGAAAGACUUAAGAAUUAGAGAACGGAUCUUUUCUUAACUCUAUACAUAUAAAUAUAUAUAUAUAAACACUUGUAAGAUAUUCAUAUUUUAUAUUUGAACCAGUAUGUUAUCAAGACUGAAUGUAGUGUUUAUCAUGAAUACUCAACAGAAAAAAAAAACUCCCCUAAAAUCUUCCUUUUUUUAUUAUUAUUGCAAAAGAGCAAUUUUUUUUGUUUGAGAAUUUUCAAGACCAAAAAAUAAGAGAUGACACACGAGACCGCGCCUUGAAGGAUCGUGAGUCGCUGACACCUGUGAGUUUUUUUUUUUUAAACAGGAGGGCCUUGUUCUUCUGACUCUGAGAUAUCUGAUCUUAAUCUUGUCAUAGAGUUUUUUUGUUGUUGUGGGUUGAGUUGUUGUGGACUUGAUUUGUUGUGCUGUCUUUAACAAUCAAUUGUUUUUUUUUUUACUUUACUUUAUGCCUUUAAUUGUUUUGUAUAGUGCGAGAGGGCGAGAUCACUGGCUUUCUUAGUUUGACAAAGAAAAUUAACAUUAUCAUUUAUGCCUUAUUGUUACGUAGAAGACAUGAGCAUUGUAGCAUUGUUGUGUUUGUUUGUUUGUGUGUGUGUGUGUGUGUGUGUGUGUGUGUGAGAAAGAGGGAGGGGGGGAGGGGCUUGAGCGUUGAGCUCACCUGGUCCAUUGUUCAUGAAACUUACAAUGUUCUUUAGGGCAUUUCAGAGCGUGAUUAUGUUGCUAUCUAUGUUUUGUAGGUGUGACUCAGACGAGGUGGAGGCGACCCUGUGAGAAAAGCUUUACUAAUAAUUCCAGCAGGUGUGUGUGUGUGUGUGUUUGUGUGUGUGUGAGUGAGAGCGUGAGAGUGUCUUCAAAAUAGAGAGAGACUAGGGAGGGCGGUCUGCAAACCAUUAUGGUGCAUUUUGAUUUCCAUCUUCCAGACGAUGUUUGUGAUUUAAGAAAGAAAGAAAAAAAAAAAUAAGACAUGAUUAAACUUAUUUUGACUUGAGUCCAGACGGGGGUCUCUACUGAUUUACUACAGUUUUAAAGCAUGCCAGUUCAUAUUAAAAACAACAAAACUACAGUGAUUUGAUCAUAGUCUGUCUGUUUAUCUCCACUAAUGAAACUUAUUAACCCAUAAACUCCUGAUCUGCUUUAUCACUGGCUUUUGCUUUGACACUGUAUUAUCAUAACGUGACCUUGAUAGUUGGAGAUUUUGUGGAUCAGCUUUACAUCAUCAAGUUGUAGAAAAGUUGACCGACCACACUGGUUUUGCUGUUGUUGUUGUUUUUUGUUUCUUUUUAAAUCGAUGACAAAGGAAGUUUGGAGCACCAGUAAGGCAAAAUGGAGCUGUUGUAUACCUCAUUUCUAACUCAAGACUGAGUAAAAACCUGCUUUAAUCUACUUAAGAAAUAAAAACAUGAAAAAAAAAAAUAUCACAAAAAAAGAAAAUACACAAACUUGUGUCGGAUGAGAAGCCCGUUCACACCCUGUGCUUUUGUGAAAAGGGUUGUUCAGAAAGCCGCCACAAGGUGGAGACAUAAUGCAUACCACUACUUAUGAAUGUCUGCUGUUUUUCUUUCACUAUUUUCUUAAUUUUUUUUUUAUGUUUUUCAGCAUUGGAUGGAAAUGAUUUGUUGUAAUUUAAUUUUUGUUCAGCGUGUUGAAUCUUUUUCACUGUCAGCUGAAAUAACUCUUUGUUAUAUGAACAGCGUUUCCCCCUCCUAUGUUUGAACACUUCUUUUUAAGUUUGACAAUCCUGUUUAAUUUUUUUUUUUUUUUUUUUGUAUUUUCACUCUGAUGCUGGUAUGUUCAUGUCUCCCCUCUUGUCGCUGCGCUUUCUAACAGCCCGCUCUCGCUCACCUGUGGUACCAACAUUAACCAAAGACUUCUAACUUGAUUGUAUAUGAACGACACCGUCUCCCCCCCCUCGCCCGUCUCCCCCGCCUCACUGCUCAGCAUCAAAUCCCGACAAAUCCUCGCACGCUCUCACCCUUUCGAGUCGUCUCUUAAAAAGCUUUUUAUUGCAUGCGAAUGUUUAAACCUGGAGGAGGGAAAAAAAAAAAAAAACACACACUCUCACUCCGGUGAUCUGUCGGUGCUGCGGUUUUUCAGUGCCUGUGGGUGGGGGUACCAGAGAGGAGGAGGAGGAGGGGGGGUGGGGGUUUGAAACAAGGCUGAGCGGGCUUCUCUUGACACACACACAAACCGACCUAGUGGUAGCUGGGUGAUGUUUGUUAAUACACACUGAGGGUUAAAUCCUGUGCACACUGUACCUGCUCAGGACUCUGUAUGUUUGUCCGUCUUGAUGCUGUUGCUAGGAUGUCCCCCUCCCCCUCCCCUCCCCCCUCCUCCACUCCUCCUUCUCUCUUUUACUCUUUAAGACUGUGGUGAAAACGCUGCUCCUGCCUCUCACAAUAUGUCUGUUUUCUCCUCUUCAUCUUUACACUGUCCUGAAACGUCUGUUUGUCAGGACGACACAUCCUCUCACUGCUGUGUCCUCCCUCCUCGUCUCCUUCCCUCUCUCCGUCAUUGUCUCCUCACUACAGACUCUGAUCAGCUGUGACACUAUGCAUCAUGGUCCCGUCCCUCUCUCUCUCUCUGCGUGGACCGUGUCCCUUUUUUUCGGCUCAGACCUCUGUGCCGGACGGGCUUCAGUGACACUUUGUUUAAAAUGCUUUACUCCAAGGUGAAGGUCGUAAGGACCUCGCGAGCGCUAACCCAAAGCAAAAAUCCAAAUAUUUUAACUUUUGACAAAUGCAGAUACCAAAGAUAUCUCUCUGUCCUGUGUGUCUCUCUCUCUCUCUUUGUUCCUCUCUUCCUCUCACCCUGCAGCAUGUGUAUUAAGAGACAAACCCAGCACUGGCUUUUAGUCCUAUAGCCUCAGUGAUUCCAAAGCUUAGAUGUAUAUUUUGGUAUAUUUCUGAGAAAAACUCUGCGUGAAAAAAAGCGUCUGUUUCUCGUUUGUUGUUAAUCUCUUUUUUCUGUCAAAGCAUGGAACUAAUUGCAGAACUGUCUUACUCUUGGUAGGUUAAAGAUAUAGUAUUUUUGUAUGUUUUUUGGGUGUGUCAUGUGUGUGUGAUUAUCAGUUCACAGCCCAAGUGACCAUGGCUUUCAAACGAGAGAGAUAAAUAAGCGGGAAGGAAGUAAAAAAAAAAAAAAAAAAAAGGAACGGUCAAACAUGUACAUAUUACGUCUGUGUAUCUCAAGAAAUGCAUUCUGUACACAUUUACAACUCAUGUGGUGGAAACUUGGGCUCAUAAAGGAAUGUGUCCUUGUUUUUUUGAUUUCUCUCUUUUUCAUAUUCUGCAGUCUGAAAAAAAAAAAAAGGAGUCUUUCCAGGACUUUAUUGUAAAGGGUCCUGGUUUUCAUAAUGGACAACAACACUGAGGGACACUGAUCCGACUACAAGAAAAAAAACAAAAAAAAAAACCCAUAAAAAUAAAAAUAAAAAAUCGCCUCCAUCUGUCAUGGCGGCAUAGAACUGAAAGAUUGUGUAGGAGUUCUUAAGUAUGUGAAUCAGGAUACAUAGUCGAGUUUGAUGCAUUUGUCUGCUGUAUUUUUUGUUUGUUUUGUUUUUAUACACAUAUAAAGAUAAUCUUCUACUGUUGAUGUACAGUUUUCUUUUGUUGUAAACAUCAUUAAACCGUUUUCCAAGUGUUUUGA